AUGGCCGACACGAACCACGAGCUAAGCAGCACAAAGGAGCUGCACGAAAGACCCGCCGAUGCACCCAGCGAGCAUGCAAGCGAAUCCGACAUCGUGCACAUCUCGCCAUUUGCCCUUCUCUCGCUUAUGGUGGGCAUCAGCCUUGCUGCCUUUCUCGUUGCACUUGAUCGUACUAUCGUCGCCAAUGCGAUACCGUACAUCACCAACGAGUUCAAAUCGCCAGAUGAUGCAGGAUGGUACGGGUCUGCGGCAAGUCUCGAAUCACUGACGACGAUCCUGCUUCUUCUAUUCUUCCAUCCUUCAAAGACGAAUCGCGGGCAAGAGGGCAGCUUCGUAACGCGCAUCCUACGGCUUGACCUGAUUGGCAACCUCAUCCUCACCGCCACGGUGGUGAUGCUCCUGCUGGUCCUCCAAUGGGGCGGUAUUGAGUACCGCUGGGGCAGCUCAAGAAUCAUCGGUCUUCUCGUCGCAUCAGGUGUUGGCUUCGUGUUGUUUGGGCUGUGGCAGCACAAGAAAGGCGCUGAAGCACUGACACCGCUCUCUAUCAUGGCUAAUCGCGGUGUUGCCGCCAGCAUUGGUGUCAUGUUCUUCCUCAGCGGCGCGUUCCUCGUGCACAGCUACUAUCUGCCAUACUGGUUCCAAGCGGUACGUGGCCGCACGCCUGUCCAGUCCGGUGUCGAUCUCACUCCCUAUGUGGCCACAAGUUUUGUGUUCUCCAUGAUCGCCGGUAUUGCCGUCAAUAAGCUUGGCUACUUCACCCCUCCUACCAUCAUAGGCUGUGCAAUAGGCUGUGUUGGUUGCGGGCUGCUGACAACGCUACAUGUCGACACCAGUACUGCAACAUGGGCUGGAUAUCAGGUUCUGACGUCUGCGGGCAUGGGCAUGGCAAUGCAGCAGCCUAUCAUCGCGGUGCAAGCAAUUCUCGAGCCCGACCUAAUCUCUAUCGGUAGCGCAAUAGUGCUCUUCGCCCAGGGCCUAUCUGGCGCCAUAUUUGUUUCCGUGGCCAACAAUGUCCUGCGAAACGAGCUCGCGCAGAACCUGGUGAAAUUGAGAAUCCCCAACGUGAGCGGGAUUCUGGCAGCGGGUGCGACGGACGUGCGCGAACUUGUCCCGCAGGCAUUCAGGCUGCCGCUCAUUGAAGCUUACAAUGAUGCAUUAUCGAAGGUUUUUAUCAUGGCCAUCCCAUUCUGUGGUAUAGCUCUGCUGUUCGCUUUGGGUUUGCCGUGGGUCAGUGUGAAGAAGAAGCAAGCCGAGCGGGGAGGACAGGCAGUUGUGGCAAUGGAAGGUUGA